AUUAUCCCGCGCAGUUACCGCGUUUCUUUGUUUUUUUUUUUUUGCAACAAAUUGCGAAUUUCUUAGAUUAUUGUUUUUAAGUUAUACAAGGCUGGCAGCAUGGAUGCCAAACGCAAAUUUAAUGGAAAUGGUGUGGCCAAUGGACAUUCUAAAAAGCCCAGUAAAAUAUCUAGGACCUACGAUGAUGACGACGACAUGGGCGGUGGAUUUGAAUCGGAACUGGCUGCAUUUGAGGCAAUGGACGAUCUAGAUCAAACACAGUUGCUGGGCGAGGGACCUGAGAACCAACAAACAAGCGAGCGCUGGUCUCGUGCGCCUCCUCCUCAGCUGAAUCCCGCCGAAGACAGGCUAAUCUUUCAGCAGCUGGACGUGGAGAACUAUGUGGGGCAACCGCUGCCAGGCAUGCCGGGCGCCCAGCUAGGCCCAGUGCCGGUGGUCCGCAUGUUCGGCGUCACCAUGGAGGGCAACUCUGUGUGCUGUCACGUGCAUGGCUUCUGUCCAUAUUUCUAUAUAGUCGCGCCGAGCAACUUCGAGGAGCGGCACUGCGCGGAGCUGCACGAAGCGCUGGGUAAGAAGGUGAUUGCCGACAUGCGAAGCAACAAGGACAAUGUACAGGAGGCCGUACUUGCCGUGGAGCUAGUACAGCGACUUAAUAUACAUGGCUAUCAGGGCGAUGCCAAACAGACUUACAUCAAGAUUACCGUUACGCUGCCUCGAUUUGUAGCCGCCGCCUCGAGGCUGCUUAAAACGACGAUCAUCAUGAGCUCCUUCGAUUUCCAGGACUGUCGUGCCUUCGAGAACAACAUCGACUUCGAUAUACGUUUUAUGGUGGAUACACAGGUCGUCGGUUGUAAUUGGAUUGAACUGCCUCCAGGUGUUUGGCGACUACGCGGACGGAAUUCCAAGCCAGCGCCUGAAUCUCGUUGCCAGCUGGAAGUGGACGUUGCCUACGACCAGUUUAUAUCGCAUGAGCCAGAAGGCGAAUGGUCCAAAGUGGCGCCUUUGCGCAUACUCAGCUUCGAUAUUGAAUGCGCCGGACGCAAAGGCAUCUUUCCGGAAGCGAAAGUGGAUCCGGUCAUACAGAUAGCCAACAUGGUGAUCCGACAGGGCGAAACGGAGCCCUUCAUUAGGAAUGUGUUCACCUUAAAGGAGUGUGCGCCCAUCAUAGGCAGCCAGGUGCUGUGCUUCGCCCAGGAGACGCAGCUGCUGGACAAGUGGGGGGCAUUCGUAAGAGAAGUGGAUCCCGAUAUUCUAACUGGCUAUAACAUUAACAACUUUGACGUCCCAUAUCUACUGAACCGCGCUGCCCACUUGAAGGUGAAGAACUUUGAGUAUUUGGGACGCAUCAAGAACAUCCGUUCGGUCAUCAAGGAGCAGGUGUUGCAGUCUAAGCAAAUGGGUCGACGUGAGAAUCAAUACGUCAACUUCGAGGGCCGAGUGCCCUUUGAUUUGUUCUUCGUGCUGCUCCGGGAUUACAAAUUGCGCUCGUAUACGCUGAACGCUGUCAGCUAUCAUUUCCUGCAGGAGCAAAAGGAGGAUGUGCAUCAUAGUAUUAUUACAGACCUACAGAAUGGGGAUGAGCAGACCCGCCGCCGUUUGGCCAUGUAUUGCUUGAAGGAUGCCUAUUUGCCGCUACGGCUGCUCGGCAAGCUGAUGGCCAUUGUUAACUAUAUGGAGAUGGCGCGUGUCACAGGUGUUCCACUUGAGUCCUUGCUCACGCGUGGCCAGCAAAUCAAGGUGCUCAGCCAGCUGUUGCGCAAAGCCAAGACACGUGGCUUCAUCAUGCCAUCGUAUACGUCCAGCGGCUCGGAUGAGCAGUACGAGGGCGCAACGGUUAUAGAGCCGAAGCGGGGAUACUAUGCAGAUCCCAUUAGUACACUCGAUUUCGCCUCGCUAUAUCCAAGUAUAAUGAUGGCUCACAAUUUGUGCUACACCACGCUGCUGUUGCCCGGCGCCAAGGACAAGCUGGGCUUGAGCGAUGAUCAGGUGGAGCGCACGCCUGCCAAUAAUUUGUUUGUGAAAGCCGAAUUGAGACGCGGAUUGUUGCCAGAGAUUCUGGAGUCUUUGCUGGCGGCUCGUAAGCGCGCCAAGAAUGAUCUGAAAGUGGAACAGGAUCCGUUCAAGCGUCAAGUGCUGGAUGGCCGGCAGUUGGCGCUGAAAAUCUCUGCAAAUUCGGUUUAUGGCUUCACUGGCGCCCAGGUGGGUAAAUUACCCUGCCUGGAAAUCUCUGGCAGCGUCACCGCUUAUGGACGCACCAUGAUUGAGCUGACCAAAAAUGAAGUGGAGUCCCAUUAUACACGUGCGAAUGGAUAUGAAAAUGAUGCAUUUGUUAUUUAUGGCGACACAGAUUCCGUCAUGGUCAACUUUGGUGUGAAGACUCUGGAGCGCAGCAUGGAGCUGGGCAGGGAGGCUGCUGAUUUGGUUAGCUCGAAGUUCGUGCGGCCAAUCAAGCUGGAGUUCGAGAAGGUCUAUUAUCCCUAUCUGUUGAUCAACAAGAAACGCUAUGCGGGUCUCUACUUCACCAAGCCGGACAAAUACGACAAAAUGGACUGCAAGGGCAUUGAGACAGUGCGUCGGGAUAAUUCGCCAUUGGUGGCCAAUCUGAUGAAUUCGUGCCUGCAGAAGCUGCUCAUCGAACGAGAUCCCGACGGCGCUGUGGACUAUGCCAAGCAGGUAAUUGCGGAUCUGCUAUGCAAUCGCAUAGAUAUAUCUCAGUUGGUCAUAACCAAGGAGUUGGCCAAAACGGAUUAUGCAGCCAAGCAGGCGCAUGUGGAGCUGGCAGCUAAGAUGAAGAAACGCGAUGCGGGCACAGCGCCCAAACUGGGCGAUCGCGUGCCGUAUGUGAUUUGUGCAGCAGCCAAAAAUACGCCGGCAUAUCAAAAGGCAGAGGAUCCGCUCUAUGUGCUGGAGAAUAGCGUGCCUAUCGAUGCCAAUUAUUAUUUGGAGCAGCAGCUAUCGAAGCCAUUGCUGCGCAUCUUCGAGCCUAUAUUGGGGGACAAGGCGGAAUCGGUGUUGCUCAAGGGCGAACACACGCGCACACGCACUGUGGUCACCUCGAAGGUGGGCGGACUGGCAGGCUUUAUGACCAAAAAGGCUUCGUGUAUCGGCUGCAAAUCUCUCAUGCCCAAAGGCUAUGAGGAUAGGGCAUUGUGCCCACACUGUGAGCCCAAGAUGAGCGAGCUCUAUCAGAAGGAACUGGCAGCCAAGCGGGGCUUGGAGGAGACCUUUUCCCGCCUGUGGACCGAGUGUCAGCGUUGUCAGGGCUCACUGCAUGAGGAGGUCAUCUGCUCGAAUCGUGAUUGUCCCAUUUUCUAUAUGCGGCAGAAGGUGCGCAUGGACCUGAGCACACAGCAAGGACGCGUGCAGCGCUUUGGACUGCCCGAAUGGUAGUUGAUUGUUUCACAUACAUUAUAAACCUAUAAUUUAAUAAUUAUAUUACUAGAAGUUA